UUUUCAAAAAUUUAUUUAUUUUAUUUUUGGCUGCAUUGGGUCUUCGUCGCUGCGUGCGGGCUUUCUCUAGUUGUGGUGAGUGGGGGCUACUCUUCGUUGCGGUGCAUGGGCUUCUCAUUGCGGUGGCUUCUCUUGUUGCAGAGCACGGGCUCUAAGUACACAGGCUCAGUAGUUGUGGCUUGCAGGCUCUAGAGCACAGGCUCAGUAGUUGUGGUGCACGGGCUUAGUUGCUCUGCAGCAUGUGACAUCUUCCUGGACAGGGCUCGAACCAGUCUCCCCUACGUUGGCAGGCGGAUUCUUAACCACUGCACCACCAGGGAGACCCUCAUUGUAGCUCUAUUUAUAAUAGCCAGGUCAUGGAAGCAACCUAAAUGCGCAUCGACAGAUGAAUGGAUAAAGAAGAUGUGGUGCAUAUAUACAAUGGAAUAUUACUCAGCCAUAAAAAAGGAACGAAAUUGGGUCAUUUGUAGAGACAUGGACAUGGAUGGACCUAGAGACUGUCAUGCAGAGUGAAAACCUGCUGACAUGACUGAUCAUGGGGAUGAUGAGCUGUCCUCUAGGACAGGGAGUCCAGACGAGGAAGGUCGGGUCCCUGAGGAGAGAUCCUUGCUGCAUCAGAGUCUGGCCGUCAAGGAACUCAUCGACACCGAGGUCUCCUACUUAAACGUGCUCCAGCUCUGUGCCUCGGACAUUAGGAGCCACCUGCAGCAGCUGCCGCAGGGAGAUCUGGAUGUCCUGUUCUCAAAUAUCGAUGAUAUCAUCAAGGUGAACAGCAAAUUGCUUCAUGAUCUGCAGGAGACAGCCGCCAGGGAAGAGGAACAAGUGCAGCUGAUUGGCAACUUAUUCCUGGAAUUCCAAGAGGAGUUGGAGCAAGUCUAUAAAGUGUACUGUGCCAGCUAUGAACAGGCCUUGCUGCUGGUGGAGGCCUACCGGAUGGAGCCACGGCUGCAGCGGGAGAUCCAGGACACCAUUGAGGCAGUGCUGCCUCAAGCUGGAUCCUCAGGCCUCAGUUUCUUGCUGGUAAUUCCUUUGCAGAGGAUUACCAAAUACCCAUUGCUGCUGCAGAAAAUUCUGGAGAACACACUCCCUGAUGCCAGUGCCUACCCUGUCCUUCAGAGGGCUACCUCUGCCCUCCAGGACGUGGUCACCAACAUCAAUGAGUACAAGAGGCGCAAAGAAGUGGCCUCCAAGUACACCAAGGUGGAGCAUCUGAGCCUCCGGGAGCGAUUGGCCCGCAUCAAUAUGCACACCCUUUCCAAGAAGACCACCCGGCUGGGCCAGCUGCUGAAGCAGGAGGCGGGGCUCGUACCCAAGACAGAAGACAAGGAAUUUGAUGACUUAGAAGAGAGUUUCCACUGGGUGUCGCUGUGUGUGACUGAGCUGAAGAACAAUGUGGCUGUGUACCUGGAUAAUUUGGAGGCUUUCCUCCGCUUCCGGCCCCAGGAAUAUGAUCUGGACAUCCCUGGGGGGCCUGUGGUACAGUACUGUUACCUGGCAAGAGACCUGCAGCUCCAGGCCUUCCCUGAGUUUAAGCAGCGGCUGGAAGCCCUGGUGUGGCAGCCAUUGUGCAGCCUGGCCAAAGCCUUGGCCGGCCCUCAGAAUCUGAUCAAGAAGCGUCUGGACAAACUACUGGACUUUGAGAGGGUGGAAGAGAAGCUGUUGGAGGUGGGCAGCAUGACCUAUGAGGAAGAGGCGGCCCGGCACAUGUACGAGGCACUCAACUCCCUGCUAGUGGCUGAGCUCCCACAGUUUAAGCAGCUGGCUGUGCGGUGGCUGGGCCAGAUCCUGUGCACAUUUGUGACCCUCCAGAGGGACCUUGCAAAGCAAGUGCUGCAGAGAGCAGAGGGCAGUUUGGCCCAGCUUCCCCACCACCACCUCUCUGAUCCAGCCUUCAGGAAGCUGGUGGAGGAUGCACUGGGCCAGACCAGUCAUCAGCUUCACGCCUUUCAAGAGAACUUCGAGAAAGUGCUGCCACCUCCCACCACACAACCACUCCUUCCAGGGGCUGAACACCAGGUGCAGGCUCUCCUGAGCAGGUAUGGCCCAGGAAAGCUGUACCAGGUGACAAGCAACAUCAGCGGGUCUGGGACUCUGGACCUGACUUUGCCUCGGGGCCACGUCGUAGCCCUCCUUCAGGACAAGGACACCAAAGGCAACAGCAGCCGAUGGCUGGUGGACACUGGAGGACAUCGAGGGUACGUGCCAGCUGGGAAACUGGAGCUGUACCACGUGGUCCCCCGUGAGGAGGAGUUCAGAGGGCAGGCGAGGCCUCACAGGGACUCCCAACGUCAGACACCAGAGCCCACCUUGGCCUCUGUCCCUUCUGUCCCAGCAGUGACCCAGGUGGUGGCAGUGUACCCCUUUGUGGCCAGAAGCAGCCAUGAAGUGAGUCUGCAGGCAGGCCAGCAGGAGUCGCUGGCUUCCUCCACCAGGACCUACCUUCCAGCGUGGAAAAGUCAUUUUAGGAUCUGUUGUGGUAGGGCAGAGACUCAAAUACCUGGACUGGUGGGUAAGGAAAGAACUGGAUUCCACUCCUGGCAACAUCCCGAGGAGCUGGGUUCCUUAACAAUCCACUCACUUAACCUUGUUCUUCUGUUUUCUUAUCAGUAAUUUUUGAACUUAUGUUUUCUGUUUUUCUCAUCUGUAAAAUGGGUACAAUUCCUGUUCUGACAGGGUGAGUGAGAGGAUUAAAUGAAACACUUGUGAAUGGUGGCGGAUCGCAACAGGAGCAUCACGGCUGUGCAGGGAGGAAAUAUGUGAACUCUGACCACUAGGUGGCAGCAGGGCUCUAGGAAUCACCUGAGAUUGGGCUGGGAGGCGCCACCUCAGCAAAUUGAAACGCCCAGGGUGCUGGGCAGGUGGUUCAAAUGAGAGGAAGGGCCAGGUGAAAGACAUUAGGGAGUGGCAGGGACUGUGGUGGACCACAGCAUACAUAUUCCAUCUAAGGAGCUUGCAGCUUCUUGGCUUCAACCAGUGUUGCCACAUCAGAAUGAGGGCCCAGUGGUGCCAGAGAUUCUGAUUUUUCAAGAGAAGCCAGAAACCAGGGUUUUGUUUUGAUUUUUGAUGUGAAAUCUGUGUGGAGAUUGUGUGGGUCACAACAGGUCCCCCUUUUUGCAUCUUCUGCCACAGAGUGUGGGUUGGCUGCCCUGGUAGAGAAUCUCCUCUGAAGAAUUAGCUUCACAUCUGUUUUCUGUGAAAUGCCGUCAUGUGUCUCCACUUCACUCACUACUUCAUUAGAUGUUAAUUUUCCUUCCUUGGAUCUCUGGGGAGAACUGUUUCGUUUUCUGCUAUUGUUACUAUUGUUGUCAUCAAACAUUUAUUCAAUCGUGGGCCAUAUUUUCUGACCACCCAUGAGGCUCUCCAUAGUACCUAUUUCACAAGGUUCUUUUGAGGAAUAAAUGAGGUACUGAUAUAAUAUCGCUUAGCCCAGCACCUGGCUCAUUAGCACUCAAUAAAUAUUAUUAUGGGGACUUUAGAAAAGAUGGCAUGACAUUUGGAGGAAGGUUUGCAGGGCCUGCCUUUCUCUCUAUAUUUGGGAUGGUGACAAGGCCUGGCUACUCCCUUAUGUAGAUGAAGCCCCCUGGUUCCGGCUCCUGAGGGCCUAGUAGAGGUUGGAUACAGCCCUUCCCUCAGAGGCUGCUGUCACACCCCAAAAGCAUUCCUGGGACUUUCCCUUGUCCGGUUCUCUGGUGCUGCGUCUGGGUCAGGGUGGGCAGAUUUCCCCAUCCAGGGCAAUCCCAACCUUGGGCAGGAGUGGCCCAGAUUCUCCUGCCUCUCCCCAGCGAGAGGGCUUUCUGCAGUCCAUUGCACCCGGACAAGUCAGGCAGGUACUCAGGCAAUAAUCAGGCAUGCAGAUGCGCUGGAGCAGCAACUCUGGUCAGAGGCUCAGGGCCCUUUACAUCCAGGAGCAUCUUCUCAGGGUGUUCCAAGGGGACCCAGCAGCUUUGGGGACAACGACUCCUUGCUGGAGGCUCCACUGGCAGAUUCAGGAACAAGGAGAGGGUGAGAUCAGAUUUGUCCUUGAGGGCUCUGACUUAUGCUGGGCUCAGGAGCACCAGCUAAUGCUGUUCAGUUAGGUCUCAGGCCACCACCAUGCUUCCAGGAUACCUCAGGGUGGUUCUGGGUUCCCUGUUUGGGACCAUUUGCCUGUCUUCAGGGGUCUGGGCAUCCUUGAGGCCUGUGAGUAGAGAGAGAGCUCAGUGGCUGCAGGUUUGGGACAGCCCUGAGCCUUAGGAGGAUUGGGCCAGAGUGGGCAUAGGACUUGCAUCCACCCCUUCUGAGCAGCUCACAUCUCAGAGGUUGGUUAUUUGCUUGCUUGCUCUCACAUUUUUUCCCUGCCCAGCUCAGCUCUGUACUUCAGGGAACUACACUGCCCAGGCUCCUUUGUUCUCUGGUUUUCUGGUGGGUUUGUCCAAUGGGAGGCACUGGCAGGGGGAAGGAGGGGAGAACCCAAGGUAUUUCUCCCUCUCUCUGCUUCAGGCAGCAUCUCUGCCUUGGCUGGUCUUCUCCAUGGUUCCCACUUCCACUGGAUGGUCCUUCCCUCUUGGUCUUAGGUCCCGUUGGACAGGCCUGGCUAUACUUCCAGUUUCUGUAAGAUAGCUUCAGAUACUGGGCCUUAAUAACGCUGCCUCUUCCCUGCGUUCCUCCAACCUAAAGACUAGAGUGUCUUUUUGCUGUUGUUAAUCCCUGUGGUGAUUCUAGGAUCUUCUUUCACCUGUGUAACUUCCUCCCUAAGUCCCUCUGUUCACAAGGCAUGGAGUGGUUCUCUCUCUGACUGGACAGUGACUCUUGUGCAGCUCAGCAGCUAGGGAUACAGGGAGGGAGUGGGUAGUAGAGCUGGGGGGCUCCUAGGUACCUCUGCCCCUCAGGCUGCCGAGCCCUCAGAGAAGAUUGGGACCAUCACCAGGUCUGCUGUACCUUCCCUGGGUCAGGGAACAGUCCGGCCCUCCCCGCCCAGAUCUCUUGGAAGUGUCUUCAGCUAUAGACAGCAGCUGAGUGGGUCACGCUCCAGGGUCAGUGGCUGUGAGAAUCUGCCGAGCAGCCCUUGUUUGGGCCAACUGAAGCUGUUCUGCAGGGCCCAGAGAAGGACACAGAGGAGACCCAAGGGCCAUUGUGUGACAGCAGAGCCAGGCUGUGGGCAGGAGGAGAGGGUUGCCUCCUUCCAGCCACAGUGCCUCGAGUCUGGCCCUGGCUCAGGAGGGAUGGUGAGCCCCCGGUCAGUGAGACGGGAAGUGGAGAUGAGGCUUCUGGCCAGGAAAAAGCCUGCUUGUCUUGAUUCUGGGAUCUCUGAUUCCAGGCACAUCAGCAGAGCCUUUGGUCUGGGGAAAGGCUAGUGCACUACUAGCAAUCACCACAGCUUCUGUUCACUUCUCACAGGGCUUUUUGAGGGUUACGUGAGGAAAUCCACUUUACGUGAUUAAUCCAGUGCUGGCACAUAGGAAGCUCUCAAGACCUGCGAACUAAAGAAAAACAAACAAGAAAACACAAAUCGCAACAGCAACCAGGCACUGUGGACCUUAUUCUGUAGGAAUAAGCUGGUGUCUAGUUAGUACUGAGCCCCAGGCCUCUCCCCUGGAGCAGAGCUGGGGCUGGCAACACGGUUCCAGCUGCCAAGGCUAGGAAGAAGGCCGAGUCAGGUGAAGGAGUUGUGAGGUUGGGAGGUCACAGUGAUCUCAGGGCACACUCCCCAGAGACGUGGGGAUGAGCAGUAGGUGUCCAGAACCAUAAUGGGGCACUUGAGGACAGCUAUCACCUUGUGUCCAGGCAGGACAGAGAUCAAGGCUAGGUCAGAAAGCAGGCAGUAGGAUCCCAGUCUUUGGGUUGAGGUUCAAGUACUAGGCCCUGGGGACUUAAGGAUCAGGUCCACUAAAAAUACAAAGAUCCUGGCAAGAGGCAGGAUGGAGAGCUGGACACAGGGACUUCAUUUUGAGCCCCGGGGACCAGAGCUGCUGGAAAUCCUCCCAUCUGAUGACAGGAUUGAACCCAGGGAGCAAGAUGCGUUGGACGUGGGAGAGGGUCUGGGAUGAAGAGGCUGUGGUAAUCAGGAGCCCAGACUUCACAUUGCAAAACGUCCAAAUUCAAAUCCUGACUCCACACUCACCAGCUGUGUGACCUCGUUGAACAAGUUACUUCAUGUCUCUAAAACCUCACUUUCCUCUUUGUGGGUAAACCAGGAAAUAGUCGUACCUCAGAGGGCCGUUGGAAUGUGGAAAUGGGAUCACGCGUGGAGGUUUUGGCAGUCUAGGACAUAUGAGUGCUGCUUAAAUGAUUGAUCCUCGAAGACACAGCUAUUUUUACUGGCUCCCACCUCCUCCAAUGUACUCCUCCUAAGCUUUGCCAGCAGUGACCCCAGCCCGAGUCUUCUCUGGGCUAACACUCCUUGUACUUUCAACCUUUGCUCUAACAUCUGUGUUCCUGACCCUUCACCACCUCAGGCUCUGAAAAAAUAGCCCCUCACUGCCUGAGCUCUUUCCAAACUGAAAGCAAGUGGAUGUCUUAAGAGGCCAAAGGUUGUUCCCCUGGGAAUGUAAUGUGACCACGUCCUCGGAUACUCCCUGGUGAUUAGAGCUCGCCAUCUUGAAUUACUUCAUCUUCAUCCUCCCAAGAAGCUUCUUCACAGCCCCAGGCCAAGCAGUGGAAGACAGCCUUGCUGAUAUGCCUUUGUUUCUGCAACAUUAACUUCAUUCAAACCAAUGAGCAGCCCUGAGAUGUGCAUUGUGGAGGUUAUUUGCCUGAGGAGGGUUGUGGGGCUCAGAGAGCUCCAGCACCUUGCUCAAGAUCACACAGCAAGUUAAUGGCCAAGCUGGAAGCAAGGAUCAAGGCUCCGAACUUCCAGUGCACUACUCUCUUGAAGGAGAUCUGGCUGGGGGCUUGUACAAACCAGCUGUGCCUAAUUCUCCCCAGAACUGCUUUUUCAGCAAGCACCAUCUGUAGUGUCGUAGCUCUCUGUGGGGAGACUCCUCCCGCCUGCUGUCCAGUGCUGCUGUAAUCCUCUGUCCAAGGACCAAGCCUGUGGUGGCUGCAGCAGAACUGGAUGGAUGCUCACGGGACUGCGCACUUGGCUCCAGGGACCUCUGGCCUCAAGGGUGUCUCACACAUGGACAAAAUGAGGUCACCUCUUGUCCUCAUUCCUCUAUGAAAGAUGACAUGAGUGGAGCCAUAUGAAAUAGAGCUGUAGCAGCCAUUCCAGAGGAACUGCCUUCUUACAAGUCCUGUUUUCUAUACCUCUGAACUGGACAAAACCACCAACAUUCCAACUCAGCAGAGAAACCAGAAUGUCCUGUUGAAAGGACUAUCAAUGAUCUUUUACCUAGCGACGCCUUCACCUGACCAGUGAAGUACAAAUCUAGCUUUAUCUCAUCUUUUUAUCAAUGAACACUUCACCUGAUCAAUUACUUGGUCUUACACCAAUAAACUCUUCUUAAAAAAACAGCUUACCUCAAACAAACAAAAAAACAGCUUACCUCAUCUAUCUCUCUUUUUUUCCCAUAAAAAUCCUGAGACCCUUUCGUAUAAUCAGGACACUAUUUGGUUUUCUACCUAAUUCUGUGUACCCCGAGUUGCAGUUCUUUGGUCCCAAAUAAACACCUUGCCUCUGAA